AGAGCAUGUUAGCCAAGUUAGUCAGAGCAUCUGGCUUUUAUAUUUACGUGUUAUCACAAAUUUAUGCAACUGCUGAAAUUUAGGUUGGCUUUGGCAUUUUUAGUCCUUGUGACAUUGGAUAUGUACAGAGGUGCUUGUACGUAUUUGUUCAUGAGUAAUUGGCAAUCCCUGGAUUUGUGUGUUUUAUUUAUUUAUUCAUUUUUUCUAAAAAUGACUACUUAUGGCGUUUGUUGCAUUGAGCAACAGAAGCCAUAAGUUGUGACUUAUGGUGUCUGUAUAUGCAGAGGAUUUGAUUGCCUAUAUAUGGAAGGAUUCAAUAUAUAUAUGUAUUUUAACUUCAGGAUGAAUUCGGAGAGUUUUAUUUAGGACUCAGACGGCAUUUAUGACAGGUUCAUGCAUGGUUAUGACAAUACUUUGUGCUGCUUUUAUGAAGUUCAUAUAUAUACCUAGAUCAAUUUCAUUUGUUGUUGUUAGAAACUGUACUACUUUAGCCACGGCAAAUUCUUUAAGUGGAUUCAACUGUUUGAAGAGUAACAGCAACUCAAGUUCUUAUAAGCAUUUGCUCUCUCAUCACCUAAAGAAUCUAAGUUUAGAUGAAGCUCGCAUCGUCUUUGACAAAAUCCCAUCUCCUGAUGUUGCCUUGUAUACCAUGAUGGUGAUGGGUUACUCGCAAAAUCAUAGACUCAGAGAGGCUUUGAAUCUCUUUCAUAAAAUGCCGUAUAGGGAUGUUGUUUCUUGGAAUUCAAUGAUCAAAGGGUGUUUGGAUUGUGGAGAUUUCAUUAUGGCCAAGAGGCUUUUUGAUGAAAUGCCUAAGAAGAAUGUUAUUUCCUGGACCACCAUUAUGAAUGGGCUUUUGCAGUUGGGCAGAGUUAAGGAUGCUGAAAGAUUUUUCCAUAAAAUGCCUUAUAGGGAUGUGGCAUCGUGGAAUGCUAUGAUUCAUGGUUAUUGCAGCAAUGGUAGAGUUGAAGAUGCGUUGCUUUUAUUUGAGCACAUGCCUACACGCAAUGUGAUUUCUUGGACUUCUAUGAUUAGCGGGCUCGACCAGAAUGGAAAGAGUGAUGAAGCUUUACUUCUUUACCAAAAGAUGGUCAGUUUGGGCGUGCAUCCCACAUCUACUACUUUAGUUUGUGGGUUGAGUGCUGCUGCUAAGAUAUCAGCUUUGCAUGUAGGGCUUCAGAUUCACUGUUACAUAUUUAAGCUAGGUUACUACCUUGAUGAGCAUGUAUAUGCUUCACUUGUGACAUUUUAUGCGAAUUGCAAACAAAUGGAGGUGGCAUACAAGCUUUUUCAUGAUAUAUUGCAUAAGAAUGUUGUGGUAUGGACGGCUCUUUUAUCAGGAUAUGCUUUAAACAAUAAGCAUGAACACGCAAUUAAGGUCUUCAGAGAAAUGAUAAAAACAGCUGUCUUUCCAAAUGAAUUUUCUGUAACGAGUGCUUUGAAUUCAUGUUGUGGAUUGGAGGACAUUGAAAAAGGGAGGGAGAUCCAUACUAUAGCGAGUAAAUUAGGUUUGGUGACUAAUCCAUAUGUGGGUAACUCUCUUGUUGUCAUGUAUAGCAAAUGUGGAUAUAUCAAUGAUGGGAUAAUUGCAUUUAAGAAGAUUAGUGAGAAAAAUAUUGUCUCAUGGAACUCAGCCAUUGUUGGCUGUGCACAGCAUGGGUGUGGCAUGUGGGCUUUAAUAGUCUUUAAGCAAAUGCUAUAUGAAAGAGUAGAUCCAGAUGAAAUCACACUAACUGGUUUACUUUCAGCAUGUAGUCGCUCGGGGAUGUUGCAAAAGGCAAAGUGCUUCUUCAAAUACUUUGACGAGAAAAGAUUAACUGAACUAACAAUUGAGCACUAUGCAUGCAUGGUGGAUGUACUUGCUCGGUGUGGGGAGUUGGAUGAAGCAGAAGGGCUAGCAAGAAGCCUACCUAUGAAAGCUAAUUCCAUGAUAUGGCUGGUUUUACUGAGUGCAUGCAGGAUGCAUUCUAAUUUGGAUGUAGCUGAGAGAGCUGCCAAAGAAAUUUUUGAACUGAAACCUGAUUCAAGUGCAGCUUAUGUUUUAUUAUCUAACUUGUAUGCUUCUGCAAGCAAGUGGAGCGAAGUAGCUAGGAUACGAAAAAUGAUGAAACAUAAAGGAGUUUCAAAACAACCAGGGUCCAGUUGGAUAUCCUUGAAAGGUUGGAGGCAUGAAUUCCUUUCUGGAGAUAGGUCCCACCCUCUCAGUGAGAAAAUUUAUCAAAAGCUAGACUGGUUAGGAGUAAAGCUAAAAGAAAUAGGUUAUGUUCCUGAUCAACAAUUUGCUUUACAUGAUGUUGAAACUGAACAGAGGGAAGAAAUGUUGUCUUAUCACAGUGAAAGGCUUGCAAUUGCAUUUGGGUUGCUUAAGACUGUGGAAGGCAGUACAAUAACAGUGAUGAAAAAUCUCCGUAUAUGUGGGGAUUGUCAUAAUGCAAUAAAGCUUAUAGCGAAGAUUGUUAAUCGUGAGAUCAUAGUAAGAGACUCGAGUCGAUUUCAUCACUUCAAGGAUGGCAUUUGUUCUUGUGGGGAUUAUUGGUAAUAUACAAUUUUGUCCUUCUAAUGAGUACUGCAAAUCUACUACCAAGGCAUUUUAUAUAAUGCUGGAAAGAGGCGUCACUAUGGUGCUUGCAUGUUGGUUUUCAUGAAACUAAGUCUCUUGGACUUCUUUUCAGCCAGUUUAAAGUGAUUUUUGGAGGCUGAAUUUGACAUGAAUACCACCACUUGAGCCAAUGCUUCUGAGGCAAUGAAAGAGUAGCCUAAGCUACAUACAGAACUCUUUUCUUGUACUGGUGGAGUGGCAUUUCUUUUGGGAGAUGUGCUCCUUCAAUCUCGAUACAGGUUGUUGGUGAAGCUAUUGGAUGAUUUUUUUUCCCUUGUUAAUUCUUCUAAUAUGCUAGAAAACCAUUUGGGUUACAACAGAAUCUCUUGCAACUCUAUUUUCAGUGGUUCUUAUGAGACGAAGUAGUCAUACUCUUGCAUCGCUCGGUGAAAAUGGCUUUCGCAGCGUCUUUCAUCCUUGGGCCUAACCAACAAGACAAGAGCAGCUGCUGAUCCUCAAGUCGGUCUUUCGAGGGAACUGGAGAGUCACGAAAUCGCCAUAGAUGAGCUCAACCAUCUUCCAUCUUCUAGGGCUGUCUAUCAGAGAAAUGGGAACUUAUUUUUCCGCAUAACCAUCCAAAAAGCAACAGCAAUGGAGCAGAAUAAGAAAUCAUUACCAUUUGACUUUGUUCUUUCCUUAAAUAAAACCAAAAUGCUUUUAAGUUGCCAAAAAGAAGUCCUGAUAAUAUUUUCUCCGUACACUAUUCUUGGGAUGAAGAAGAACUUGAUUCAGCCAAAGCAAAACUGAAAGCUCUGGAUUCUUCCUCAUGGCCAUAGUGCUUACCCACUUUCUGAGCGUUGAUUGUAAGGCAUUGGAGAUUCACUCGAGAUCUGUGAUAGUGUGAUGUACUAGAUUCUGUUAGUUGCAUAAAAUGCUUUCCCUUCGAUGAUUUAACUCUAGGCUACAUGAUGAAUGUGUUGUGAAUAUAUGAAAGGACCUAAAAAGAUUUCCUUUUUGGUUUUUCAA